AUGAUACUGUUGAGUACAUGUGCAGUUCAAAUAGUAAUGUGCAUUCUUCAUAUCUGUGGCGGUAUUUUCACUCUAGUGAACUCAACCAUCGGACCAGCGGUCGAUAAGUUAAUUGGAGCGGUGUUCAUUAGUUGCAAUGACAUAUUCUACAACCACGUUUUAUUCAUGGCAAUAAAUCGCUUUGCGAUUAUUUUCUCGUUCAAGGAUCUGGAAUCUUUUCUUCAAGGUUAUCCAUGUAUCGUGAGUUAUAAUUUUGACUGA